AGCAUUUAUUAUGACACUCAGUAUCAUGAGAAGCUUUGAAAAAGAUCCUUCUUGCUGGUCCACAUGUAAUAAGGCUUUUGAGAAAAUGAAUGUGUUAAGAGGGCUUUUCACCAAAAGCUGGUCAUCUGAUAUUCGGUUAGAUGGAAAAACUGCUAUAGUGACUGGAGCAAACUCCGGGAUUGGGAAAGAAACGGCAAAGGACCUGGCAAAGCGAGGCGCACGGGUGAUCCUGGCCUGCAGAGACACGGGGAAGGCUGAGGAGGCAGCCAGUGACAUCAGCAGAGACGUGGAGAACGCCAUCGUCGUGGUUCGGAAACUGGACCUGGCCGACACAAAAUCCAUCUGUGAUUUUGCUGAACUGAUUUACAACACUGAAAAGUCUCUUCAUUUGCUGAUUAAUAACGCUGGAGUGGCAAUCUGCCCAUAUUCCACAACAGCAGACGGCUUUGAGACACAGUUUGGAGUCAAUCAUUUAGGACAUUUCUUUCUCACGUUCCUCUUAAUGGAUCUGUUGAAGCAUUCAGCUCCUUCUAGAGUGAUUAAUGUCUCCUCACUGGUUCACCCCAUGGGAAAGAUCCACUUUGAGGACCUGAACAGUGAGAAAAGCUAUCAUCCCGUGAAGGCCUACGUACAGAGCAAACUGGCCAACAUACUUUUCACACGAGAGCUCGCCUCGAGAGUCGAAGAGAUGGGAGUGAGUGUUUAUGCUGUGGAUCCAGGCCUGGUGAAUACAGAGAUCAUCAGGCAUCUGAAGAAGCCCCUGCAGUUCUUUGUGAAGACAUUUGGUUUCCUGAUAAAAACCUCUGCAGAGGGCGCAUAUACCACUCUGUACUGUGCCGUUACUCCUGAUCUGCCCACUGGAACCUACUACAGUAACUGUGCCAUGGCCCCGUGCUCCAGGGCUGCUAAUGACGACAACACUGCGAGCAGACUGUGGGCUGUCAGCUGCCAUCUGCUGGGGAUUCGUUGGAAAUGAGAAGAUAUGACUUCUUCCAUCACAGCCUUAUUUCACACUAAUGCCGUUUUAUGAGUUAUUAUAACCUAGUUUCAACAGCAGCCCAGCCGAGUCCUCUCUGUAUUCAUGUGUUAGUGAUAUUUUGGGUGUUAUAGAUUCAGAGAUACAAGGACAUUUGAAAGUUUAAACAUUUCUUAUCUCACUACCCUUCUGAAAAAUCCUUAUGUUUUGCAUGCUGGGACCAGCAUAGGAUGCUGGUUUCUGGUUUGCUGUUUCAGGAGUGCUCAUGGACCAGCUACACCAGCUCAGUUUUGCUUCAGAACAGCUCUCCACCAGCUAUACCAGCUCAAUUCAUCAUAAACCACCCUGGACCAGCAUCGUGGUUUAUGCUGGAUUUUUCAGCAAGGUAUGCGAUUAUUGAAACAUGCGAUGUAGUUUUCUUAUUAUAAGCAGCUAGUAAUGGUUAAAGUGAGUUUAUUGUCAUUUGAAAAUGAUAAGGUCAGCCACUGAGCAGGACAUGUAACAAGACACGAUAUGCCUGGUAGAAAUAAAUACGAAAGCUAAAUAAUACUGUGUUAAUGGGGUAGAAAUGUCUUGGGAAUGAGUACCUAACGGAGAUAGAAAAUGAUUAUAAGUAGUAACAUAAGUAAGGAUAGUAGUAAGUGCAAACGAGAGCAGAUAGAAAAAAAGAGGUAAAAAGUGCAUGUUCAUGUUCACUGAACAAUUUACUGCCACUUAAUAAACUAUCUUAAAUGACA